AUGGCGGACUCAGUUCUAAUUUCCCCCAGAGAAGGAGUUCAUGACCACCAAUUCAACGCAGCACUACUCCUUGAUUAUCCCAAGGUGACAUUCACCACUAGCGGUGCUGUCACCAAAAAUGACUACAAGCAGUUUUUGAAAUCCAUUCGAGAUCAAGUGGUAAAUCCACUUGAUACGAGGCAUGGAAUCCCAGUACUUCGCGACCCAGACACAGUGCUUGACAAUGAACGGUUUCUCCUAGUGGAACUCUCCAACACUGCAGAGGAUGUUGUCACGCUAGCCAUAGAUGUCGCCGAUAUGUACAUGGUGGGUUAUCGAGUAGGAGGCGAGUCCUUCUUUUUUCCUGAUGCUCCCGAUGCAGCAUUCACCAAUCUUUUCACAGGCACAAAUCAACAUACUCUCACGUAUGGUCGCAACUAUACUGACCUCUUGGAGGCUGCACAGGCAGUGAGGUUUCGAUAUGUGGAGCAACAAGUAACCCAAACCAUUAGACCCCAAGACCAAGGAACCGUUAUCCCAAAUGGUGCCGUGGUCCGCCUCGUGCGGCUUUGGGAGCGCCUCUCUGAAUCCAUUCAACAGUCCAACGAAGAUGGGUCCUUUCCAGAAGUUGAAUUACAGAGUGCUAAUUAUGAACAUUUCAAAGUGAGCAAUGUGAUGCCUGACCUAGUUGCCACCAUUGGGAUCAUGUUGUACAUUUGUGAAGAACCAUCGACAACUCAAUCUUCCCCUCUCAUAAGGUCUGUUGUGGAUGCAUAUAAUAAUCAAACUUGCAUAAAAGAAGAGCUCACGGUGCGCAUCGCAGGUCGAAAUGGGUUGUGCGUAGACGUGAUGGAUGGGUUUUUCAACGAUGGCGAGCCGAUAAUUUUGUGGUCGUGUAAAUCCAAUGAAGACGAGAAUCAAUUGUGGACCUUGAAAAAAGACGGGACUAUUCAUUCUAAAGACAAGUGCUUGACUACUUAUGGGUAUAGUGCAGGAAAUUAUGUCAUGAUAUAUGAUUGUGCUAGUGUCGAAACUGAAGCUACCCAUUGGGAAAUUUGGACCAACGGAACCAUCAUAAAUCCCAAAUCGUCACUUGUUUUAAGUGCAGAGUCAGGAAAUAGUGAUACUACUACGCUCACUGUGCAGGUCAAUAAUUAUUCCUCUCAUCAAGGUUGGCUCACGACCAAUAAUUCAAAUCCUUUUGUGAGGACCAUUGUUGGGUUUCAAGAUCUUUGCAUGCAAGCAAAUGGGAAUGCGGUGUGGUUAGAGGAAUGUGUGGACCAAAAGGCCGAACAACAAUGGGCCCUCUAUCCGGAUCGCUCUUUAAGGCCUAAUCAAAAUCGAGACCUUUGCCUUUCUUACUAUGAAAAUCAAACUGAAGUUCUCACUAUCGUCAAUAUUGCAAGUUGUAGUUCUGCGUCAUCUCUUGAACGAUGGAUAUUUAGAAAUGAUGGCACUAUCUUGAACCUAUAUCUCGGAUUGGUGAUGGAUGUGAGAAGCUCUGAUCCAAGUCUCCACCAAAUAAUUAUGUACCAAUCCACUGGAAAUCCUAACCAAGAGUGGUUUCCAAUAUUUUGA